UCUGCUUGAUCUCUUCACAGUGUUGUAGAAAGUUAUUUCUGAGAUAUAGUCUAAUUUAAUGGUUGCAUCUCACCUUUAGUUAUGUCUCUUCGUGAUCUUCAGGUUUGGAAAUGGACAUUCUUUGCCUGCUUUCAUUGGUAUUGUGUCUGUCAAGAAAUUCAAAGGCCGAUAUACAUGGUAGCCAUUCCUGCAGUGAUCCAGGGAGGCUCAGAAGCCAAGCUUUGUGCCAGCCUUUUGCAGCCUGAUGAGGUCCUUGUCAUGACCAUAUCUCUGAUUGCCGAUGGACAGAAGGAAACUCUGCUGACCAAAAGUUCUGAACAAGAGUUUUACAGCUGCUUCCCGUUUCAGGUCCCUAAUGUGAAGAACAAAAAAGUUUACAUCUUUCAAGUGGAGGUUCGAGGAAAAACGUUUUUAUCAAUAGAGAAGAGAAAGGUCAUGAUCAUACCGUAUACAAUGAUUAACUUCAUUCAAACCGACAAACCAAUCUACAUCCCAGGACAAACAGUUCAUUUUAGAGUCAUCACCUUGGGUACUAAUUUCAACCCUGUCAAGCAACUGUAUGACAUUGUGGAAAUUCAGGAUCCUCAUCAAAACAGGAUUGGACAGUGGAUGAACAUUACAUCCAGGGGCAGCAUUCUCCAGCUUUCUUACUCCUUGAACUCUGAAGCACGUGAAGGAUCAUAUUUAAUUUCAGCGUGGGUUGGUGAAAAUGCAAGAUCGCAUAUGUUUACAGUUGAAAAAUAUGUUCUGCCAAAGUUUGAGAUCAAAAUAACCCACGAUGAAAUCAACAUUCGACAAGAGGAGCAUGAAGUGAGAAUUUGCGCAAUGUACACCUAUGGGAUGCCUGUACCUGGUAAAGCAGAGUUAGAUCUAUGCCGACCAUUCGGGUACAAUAUGCAUAUACUAUUCAUGGAAGAUUUAAAACCCCCCUGUGUCAAGCAGUCAGUAGAGCUGGACCAAACUGGCUGUGGUUCUCAUAACUUCAACUUGUCAUUUUUCACGAAGAAAACUGAACUGGAGCUUUCAGACGUGUUUACUUUGAAUGUUAAAGUAGAAGAGGAGGGGACAGGUGUGAUACGAUCAGAGGAAAAACAGGCUUCAAUUACUUAUGAGAUUGGAAAAAUCAGAUUUGUUGACACACCCAAAAUCUAUGAGCAUGGAUCAAUUAUUGAGGGCAAGGUAAAGGUUGUUGACUUUAAAAACAACCCCAUCGCUCAUAUGAUGGUGCACCUGUUUAAGGGACAUAUUUGGUACCCGACCUAUCUACAGAACCUGACCACGGACACUGAUGGUAUUGCUAGUUUCUCAAUCAACACAACCUUAAUGCCCAAAGAAAAUAUUAAACUCAAUGUAUACGACAAACCACAAUUUUCAUACCGAGAAUACAGGAUCCCCUAUUUCAGCAAUGGGAACCAUGAAAUCUCAGGGAUCCAGCCCACUUCCAUUCACAGGAAAACAUCCAGCUCUCUGUCUGUUCAGAAGAUUGAGGAACCAAUGCCAUGUGGAGAGGAAGUAUCUAUCACAGUCCAAUAUGCCAUCGUAGGUGAGACUGUUCCAAAAGGCUCAGUGGAUGUCAUCUACCUGGCCUUAUCCAGAGGGGUGUUAGUUCAGCAGGGACAUGUGAAGGUUCCCGUGCCGCAGGAGAAUUCUGCAACUGAGGGUGAUGUCACCUUAAAGCUGACAGUGGUUCCAGAGAUGGCACCGAUGGUACAGAUCCUUGUGUAUAGUAUUUUACCCAGUGAGACUGUCAUCGCCCACAGCACGAAAUUCCCCAUUGAGAAAUGCUUCAGAAACAAGGUGUCAGUGGAGUUCUCUCCCUCCAAGGCAGUCCCAGGGGAGAAGAACACCCUGCAGCUCUCUGCCCAGCCUGGCUCCCUCUGUGGCCUCAGUGCUGUGGAUCAGAGUGUUCACAUCAUGAAACCAGGGAUGAAGCUGAAUGCUGACCAGAUCUUUAAUCUGUUAUCUACCAACGAGACACCCCUUCCAUACGGGCUUGAAGACCCGGUAGGAUGUUUGCAUGUACGACCACGGAGAUCCAUGUUGGCAUACCCAAAUGUUCAUGAUAACAAUGAACCAUACACCACUUUCCAGAAAUUUGGAAUUAAGAUGGCUACUAAUCUGGCAAUAAGAGAACCUUUCUGCCUCCAUUACAAAGGGAGCAAGUUCGUCCGCUACACUGGUGGGAGUGGAUUAAUGUCUUACGGACACCCUGCAGGCGUAUCCAUGGGGAUGCUUAACUUUCCUGGAGAACCUGGAAUGGCAUAUGGGGAACCAUAUCUGCCAGCCAUACAGACAGUCCGUACGUUUUUCCCUGAAACAUGGAUAUGGGAUCUUGUGGAAGUUGGAGAGUCUGGAUCAGCAGAUGUUUCCCUUACAGUCCCAGACACCAUCACCACCUGGGAGACAGAGGCCUUCUGCUUGGGCCCCGGUGGGUUUGGUCUGGCUCCCCCAGUGAAGCUCACCGUCUUCCAGCCCUUCUUCCUGGAGGUCAUCCUGCCCUACUCCAUUAUCCGUGGAGAGAACUUUGAGCUGAAGGCCACUGUCUUCAACUACCUGUCCAAGUGCAUCAUGGUUUCUGUAACUCCAGCUGAGUCCUCAGACUACACUCUCACACCCUUGAAUGAUGUCCAGUACUCAUCAUGCUUGUGUGCCAAUGAACGAAAGACCUUCCGUUGGACACUGUCCCCUUCUGUCCUCGGAGUUUUGAAUGUGUCCGUUAGAGCAGAGGCUGUCCAGUCAGAUGUUUCCUGUGACAAUGAGAUUGUGACUGUACCGGAGAGAGGACGCAUCGACACAGUCACACGGAGGUUGCUGGUGAAGGCUGAGGGAACAGAGAAGACAGACACCCACAACUGGUUGCUUUGUCCAACUGGAGAAGCUCUGACAAAGGAGGUGGAACUGCAGCUCCCCAAGAAUGUGGUGGAUGGAUCUGAUCGAGCUUCACUGUCAGUCCUAGGGGACGUACUGGGUCGGGCCCUCAAGAACCUGGAUGGACUGCUGCAGAUGCCGUACGGGUGUGGAGAGCAGAACAUGGCCCUCCUUGCCCCCAAUAUCUACAUCCUAGAGUACCUGAACAACACGGCGCAGCUAACCCCAGCCAUCAGAGACAAAGCCACCAAGUUCCUCACUAGUGGUUACCAAAGGCAGCUGAACUACAAACAUUCUGAUGGUGCAUACAGUACAUUUGGACAAGGCUCUGGGAACACUUGGCUGACUGCUUUUGUCUUGAGAUCCUUUGGCAAAGCAAAGUCUUUCAUCUACAUUGAUCCAAAAAACAUUGCGCAAUCCAAGUCUUGGUUGGAAAGUCAACAAGGCAUGCAUGGCUGUUUCAACAGAAAGGGGAAGCUCUUUAACAACAGAAUGAAGGGUGGGGUAACAGAUGAAGUCACGUUGACAGCUUACAUCACCGCAUCAAUGCUGGAGCUCAACACGCCAGUGACAGAUCCUGUUGUGACCAGCAGCUUGUCUUGUCUGAGGAACUCAACCAGUGAUUUGUCCAACACCUACACUACUGCUCUGCUAGCCUACACCUUUACCCUAGCAGGGGACAUGGAGAUGCGGACACUGCUUCUGCAGCAUCUGGACAAGAUCGCUUUAAAAGAGGAGGGUCUCCUGCACUGGACCCAGACCUCCUCAGAGACCUCAGCCUCUCUAGCAGUGGAAAUCAGCUCCUAUGUUCUGCUGGCAUCGCUCAAUGUCGCCCCUCUGUCUAGUGCUGACCUGGGCUAUGCUUCCCUCAUAGUCAGGUGGUUGGUGAAGCAGCAGAACUCUCAUGGUGGCUUCUCUUCCACACAGGACACAGUGGUGGCCCUCCAGGCCCUGGCUCUCUACUCCACCAAGGUGUUCAGUAAUAAGGGCGCCAUCACAGUGACAAUACAGGCUCCUGGUGGGCAUACAUACCUCUUCGAACUCAACCAAAACAACAAACUUCUCUACCAGGAGAGGGAGCUGGAGGACACUAAAGGGAAAUACAGCGUGAAAGUGAAGGGCAAUGCUUGUGCAUCAGUGCAGGUGGCGCUCAGCUACAACAUCCCCACUCCUACUGACAACACAACACUCAGUAUCCAGGUGACACCAGUGGUUGACUGCAACAGCAACUCUUUGAGGACCAGAGUCAUGUUGCUUUUCACGGCUCAAUAUUAUGGAAAUCUUUCAGCCACCAAUAUGGUUAUAGUGGAUGUGAAAAUGCUGUCUGGAUUUGUCCCAGACCCAGAAUCUUUGCGUAAGCUGAGAGAUUCAUUUACAGUGGAUCGUGUAGAUAUCAAAGAUGACCAUGUGCUUAUGUACUUGAGUGAGUUAACACCACAAUUAUAUACAAUCUUCAUCCUGGAUAUCCUCCAGGAGCUGCCAGUACAGAAUCUAAAGCCAGCAGUGGUCAAGAUCUAUGACUACUACCAGCCAAGUGACCAGGCCGAGGCAGAAUAUGUCUUCCCUUGCAAGUAGGGGUUAAAGGCUUGUGUGGAAUUUUUCAUCUGGAAUUACUGGUGAUGAUACUAUUAUUUUAUUUCUUUGCUGCCUCACCACAUGAAUGCAUUCUUCUAUACAGUAAAAUCCUUUUACCUAAAUGCUGGUUUGUUUGUGAAGCAUUAAUUCAUUACAUGUAUUUAUUCAAUCACUGUGCCCUCUGCCGAUGUGAGCAGAUAGUUACAUUCACAGAGGCCACAUCUGCAACUCUUGAAAUCUUUCAAGCACUAUUAUUGAAAUAAAAGUGUUUCAUAAUAA